CAACUUGUUGACAAUCAACCACAUAUGACUCUGUUGAUAGACAUUCUUUAUUCUUGCAUUAGCCUCAAUCCAUAUCUACUUGGACAAAAUCAACACCCACAGAAGAAGCUAGUCUUCCUUGUAUGAGAACACCAUGAAUCUUGAAGUUCUUAAUUUGAAUCUGUUCAUGAAAACAAGAUCAAGCCUAACAAUUGUUCUCUUCUUCUUCAUCAGUCUCUUCAUCGGUGUCGUCACGGUUUUCUGGAUUAAUGAUUAUGUUGCAGAGGAUUGGUUUGCUUCGAAAACAAGUCUCCCUGGUAGCAAAAAAAUAGAGAAUACAUGGAAUUGCUCCAGAGGAAAUGUCACAAGAACAUGCCCUAUCGAUUAUCCGUCCACGCGUGAACUUAAUCAAUCAUCAGCUACUACAUGUCCCGAGUAUUUCCGGUGGAUCCACGAAGAUCUACGGCCAUGGCAACGUACCGGAAUAUCGAGGGCGAUGCUGGAAGGAGGACAAGAUGUUGCAUAUUUUAGACUAGUGAUUGUUGGUGGCAGAGUGUAUGUGAAGAAGUACAAGACGGCAUUUCAAACAAGAGAUGUGUUCAACAUAUGGGGUAUUGUGCAGCUCACAAGGCUGUACCCGGGGAUGCUACCAGACUUGGAGCUACUGUUUUAUUGCGGAGACCGGCCUGUGAUCAAGAAGCGUGACUACCACGAAGGAUCCAACGCCACCUCACCGCCACCGGUGUUUCAUUACUGUGGAGAUGAUGAUUCAUUGGCCAUUGUCUUCCCUGAUUGGAGCUUCUGGGGUUGGGCUGAGAUCAAUGUGAGGCCAUGGAAAAGCUUGUUGGAAGACAUAAAGGAAGGCAACAAGAGGAUUAAUUGGAAGGAUAGGUUACCAUAUGCUUACUGGAAAGGAAAUGUCAGAAUGGGUGAAAGGGCUGAUCUCAUGAAGUGCAAUGUCUCGGACAAGUACGACUGGAACGGUCGGUUCUACAACCAGGAUUGGUAUAAAGAAGCUGGAGAAGGAUACAAGAAUUCCAGACUAGAAGAUCAAUGCACACACAGAUAUAAAGUCUACAUAGAAGGAUGGGGAUGGUCGGUGAGUGAGAAAUACAUACUAGCAUGCGAUUCCAUGACACUGCAGGUAAAGCCUCGUUACUUUGAUUUCUUCAUGAGAGGCAUGAAGCCAAUGCAGCAUUACUGGCCUAUUAGGAAUAACAGCAAGUGCAGAGACAUUAAGUUUGCUGUUGAAUGGGGCAACAAUCACACUGAAGAGGCUCUGGCAAUUGGUAAGGCAGGAAGCAAAUUCGUGAGUGAGAAUUUAAGAAUGGAAAACGUGUACGAUUACAUGUUUCAUUUGUUGAGAGAAUACGCGAAACUAUUGAAAUAUAAGCCAAGUAUACCAUCGGGAGCAGAGGAGGUGUGCUCGGAGACCAUGGCAUGUUCACAAGUGGGUCUAUGGCGGAAAUACAUGGAGGAGUCAAUGGUGAAGUGUCCUAGUGAUAAACCCCCAUGUAUUAUUCUUCCUCCCUAUGAACCAAAGGCGCUUCAGGCCAUUAUUGGUGAGAAAGAGAGAACAGAGAGACAAUUAGAGAUGUGGGAGACUCGAUAUCGGGAAAGUUCGAAUGCAUAGUAGUAGAAAAUAUUGAUUUGUUUUCUUAAUUAUACUCCACACUGGUACACUGGUGUAUAUGAUAUCUCAUAGAGGUCUCGAGUUCGAGCCUCUCAUUCCUUUC